AAGCCCACAUAUGAUAUUUGCUUCUGGGAUGAUUCUAUCCAAACCCAAAGAUUUACUCAGAACACCCCACUUUUUUUAGAAAGAGACACUUGUAUCCAUCCACUGUGUGCUCACUAGAGAAUAGACAGUAGCUUCGAUUAUCAAUGGAAGGCGCCCUCUUCCGCCUGCUCCUGCCAUCCUCCAAAACCAACGCCCUCAUCCCCAAACUGGGCCCCACCCCCGGCUCCAAGGUCAGCAUCGAACACCCGACCCAUGGCAGUGACGAGUGCGUUGUCUUCAUCUUCGCCGACCCAAAUGCCCAAUCCCCCAAUAACACAACCCAAACCCUAGACAAGCCUGAAGGGUCCCCCGCCCAGCAGGCCCUGGUUAGGGUUUUCAGGAGAGCUGUGGUGGAUGAGGCCGGUGAAGCAGAGAAGGGCAAUAAUGGCGGAGGUUUGGUGUGUUGUAGGCUGUUGGCGGCGACUAGUCAAGUUGGGUGUGUGCUUGGGAGAGGGGGCAAGAUUGUGGAGAAGAUUAGGCAUGAGAGUGGGGCUCACGUUAGGGUUUUGCCCAGAGACCAGAUUCCGCCGUGUGCAUCUCCUGGAGAUGAGUUGAUUCAGAUAACAGGAGACUUUCAAGCUGUGAAGAAAGCACUACUGUCUGUUUCAGGGUGUCUUCAGGAUAACCCUAAGGUAGAUGCAGCUAACUCUGGUGCUACCAAAAUUUCAGGGGGAUUGAUUCAUGGAACUGGUAUGCCUGCGCAAGUUGACCCUAUUCCUCAUCGGGGUUUUGUGUCUGGCUUUAAUGCUGCAGAUUAUCACUCGAGGAAUUACUCUUCUACUCCUGGGCCUGAAAAUGUUGGAAGCGGUCACAGGAUGCUUAUGGAGGAAGAGGUGGUAUUCAAGUUGUUAUGCCAAGUUGAUAAGGUUGGUAGUCUGAUAGGGAAGGGUGGCUCCAUUAUCCGGAUUUUGCAAAGUGAAACUGGUGCAUCAAUCAAGAUAGCUGAUUGUGCACCUGAUUCAGAUGAGCGGGUUGUUAUCAUAUCUGCACAAGAGAAUCCAGAGCAAAAAUAUUCCCCAGCACAGGAAGCCGUUAUUCGUGUACAUCAUCGAAUUGCGGAGAUUGGAUUUGAACCCGGAGCUGCAGUAGUGGCUAGGCUUCUUGUACAUCCACAGCAUAUAGGUUGUUUAUUGGGUAAAGGAGGUUUCAUUAUUACUGAAAUGAGAAGAGCUACUGGUGCUAGUAUACGGAUUUUUCCAAAGGAACAAGUUCAGAAGGGUGGCUACCACAAUGAUGAAGUUGUACAGGUUAUUGGUAGCUUGCAGUCUGUACAGGAUGCGCUCUUUCAUAUAACAAGUAGGAUUCGGGAGAGCAUAUUCCCAAUGAAACCUCCUUAUGCUAAUUUCAGUGGCCCACCCUACAUGUCUCCAUUUCCCGAGAUGCCUCCACCCUCCUUUAGACCAAGGCAUAACCCAGCCUCCCCCGGUCCCUAUCCUUCACCUGGUAGAUUCCAUCAUGGAAUUGAUCAUUCUGCCUUUCCAUCCCAACCUCCCGAUCAUCAGCCUUCAUUUUCACAUAGUAUGGAUCACAGUGGCCCAUCUCACAUGGACCGAGUUCCCUAUUCUUUUGGCAAUGAGCGACCAGGACAUGGUCCAACAUAUGAGAGUCCUUCUCCAAGAGCAUGGACUCCCCAGGGAGUAAGCUGUGGGACUCCUAGGGGAACUGCUGAUGUUGGUUUGGGCAUGGCUCCAAGAAAUGGGUCUCUACGAAGCGGAAGUCAACCGCCUUACUUAAGCAGCACAACCGUUGAGAUCAUGAUUCCUCAGACAUUGAUUUGUCACGUUUAUGGAGAGAACAACAGUAAUCUGAAUCAGAUCCGGCAGAUCUCAGGCGCAAAUUUGGUUGUUCAUGAUUCAAAGUCUGGAUCUUUGGAAACCCAAGUUGUAGUGUCCGGAACCCCAGAUAAAAUGCGUACUGCUCAGAGCCUCAUUCAAGCUUUCAUCCUUUGUGGGCAGACACAACUUUGACAAACUGUUAAAUCUGUUUUAGUGGCACCCAUUUGAAUGAAGAAUGGGAGUGUGUGGAUAUGAAUUUUGUCCCUCAAAGAGAGUGUAAAUGAAUUCAUCCCAUCAAGGCGUAAAUUCUACGUGCAAUUCCAUUGUAAAUCCAAAUUCCAAUAUUUAGUUUAGUUCAAUUUUCCAUCA